GGUUUGGAUGAGUACGGAGUAGUGGCCAUUGGUCGGGAUGAGUACGGAGUAGUGGCCAUUGGUUUGGAUGAGUACGGAGUAGUGGCCAUUGGUCGGGAUGAGUACGGAGUAGUGGCCAUUGGUCGGGAUGAGUACGGAGUAGUGGCCAUUGGUCGGGAUGAGUACGGAGUAGUGGCCAUUGGUCGGGAUGAGUACGGAGUAGUGGCCAUUGGUCGGGAUGAGUACGGAGUAGUGGCCAUUGGUCGGGAUGAGUACGGUGUAGUGGCCAUUGGUUGGGAUGAGUACGGUGUAGUGGCCAUUGGUUGGGAUGAGUACGGUGUAGUGGCCAUUGGUUGGGAGGAGUACGGAGUAGUGGCCAUUGGUUGGGAGGAGUUGGGAGGAGUACGGAGUAGUAGCCAUUGGUUGGGAGGAGUACGGAGUAGUGGCCAUUGGUUGGUGGGGUCCAGGGAGGGCUUGUUAAGUAUGGGAGUGAUGUGCGCAUGCUUUAGAGGGGAGGGGAAGGCACCAGUAGAGAGAGGGAGAGAUUGAAGAUGUGA